AUGGAUACCUCAGAGGAGGAUGAGAGACCGGCAGGAGAUGGUGAUGCAUCAACAUCUCAAGGCGGGCGUGGAGGUGCUGGAAAUGCAGAUGAUGAUGAGUUUGAUAGGAUGUUGGGUGGUGGCGGAGAGGAUCAUGAAGAUGAUGAAGAUUCUGACAGUGGAAUUGAAGAUCCAACGGCUGCCUUGAAGCAUCAAGUGGAGCGUGAAAAGAGGAAACGUGCUCAUGAAAAUUCUCAAGCAAACACCCGCAAAGGACGAAAGGCUGUUGUUGGCCAACAGCUUCCCAGCCAGUCCGGAGGCUUAUCCCGCUCAAUCCAAAACUUAAUCAAGUUCAUGAUGGAAAUGCCUGCAUCACUCAGUGCUUACCCAGCGCCCCCGACUAAGAAGGAAUGGGAUACUUGGGAUAACUGGACUAAGAACCGCUAUGAUAAGGUGACUGCCCACUUAAAGAGCUUCACUGAGAAGAACAAGGAGGUUGCCAAACCUACUCUCAAAAAAAUGUACCGCAACGAAAUGGACCGUAUACGAAAGCAUUUGACUCCACCAUCAUUCAAACCUUCCGGAGAUGUUCUGAAUAGCGCAAUCAACAUCCCCAUCCAUGUGAAAAAAUCUUGCGAACAGGAGAUCCAACUUGCAGGAUUCGGACGUCUGACGUUUGAGUGGACGGCUCGAUCAUUCACUGCUUCGCCUUGGAAUGGGACGCUUGGAACCAUACUUAUCAAACACUACUAUCAAACUUGA